CUUCUUCCUCCUCCCCUCUCUCUUCUUCCUUCCUUCUCCCGCUCUCCUCUAUCCAUUCCCCUCUUCCUCCUUUCCCUCCGUCUUCUCCCAUCUCGCGUUCCCUCUUUUUCUCUUCCUCCACGCCUCAUUCUCUCUCUCCUUUCCCCUCUGACUUACCCCAUUGCUCUUCUUUCCUCCUCCAUUCCUCCACCCCUUCGUACCUCUCUCUCUCCUUCCUUCCUCCUCCUUCCCUUUUCCUUUCCCUUCCUUCUCCCCUCUUCUUCCAUCCCUUCUUCUACAUUCCUCGUGUCUCCUUCUCUCUCUCCUCCCUUCUUUCCCCAUUCCAUCUCUCUUUUCCUCUCUGACUUACCCAAUCCUUCUCUUUCCUUUUUCCCUUUUUAUCCAUCCCUUCUUCUGUCUCCUUCCUUCUUUCUCCUCGUCUUCCUCAUUCCCUCUUGCCUUUCCAACUCUUUUUUCUCCUUUCCUUCCUCUGUCUCUUCCUGCCUUCCUUUUUUUCUCACCUCUUUCCAUCCUGCUUGCUUUCCUCCUCGUUCUUUUGCCUCCUUCCUUCUUUGUCCAUCCCUUUUUUCCUGUCUCUUUCCUUCCUUCCUUCUUUCUUUCUCCUCUCCUUCCUCCUUUCACUCUUUUGCCUCCAUCCCUCUUCUAUCCCAACUAAUUUUCCGCCUUCCCUUCUUCUCUCUACCUUCCUUGUGUCCUUUUCCUUCUCCUGUCUCUUUCCUUCCUUCCUUCUUUCUUCCUCCUCUCCUUCCUUCUUUCGCUCUUUUGCCUCCAUCGCUCUUCUAUCCCGUCUAAUUUGCCUCCUUCCCUUCUUCUCCCUUCCCUUCUGACUUACCUUGUCACUCUUUUCCCUCCUUCCCUCCUCCAUUCCCUCUUUCAUUUUUCCUCCACUCCUUCCUUCCUUCCGUUCUCCUUCCCUCCGCCAUGGAGGUCCACGUGGGGGCCCUGGGCCGAGUCUACGGCCGCCCCCCGAGUAAGACCUUCCGUGGGGCUUUCCAGAGCCUUUUCCAGAGUGUCCGGGAAGCCUUCCAGAGCCCGGUCGACCUGCCCAGCCCUCGUCACCACCAGCAGCAGCCACAGUCCUCGCCGGCCUUCCUGGCCCUAGAGGAACCCCGCAGCCCCCCCUCGGGGCCCCACAAAGCCCUGCCUGGAGGAGACCCCCCUGCCGAGCCCGCUGACCCUUCCUCUUCCUCCUCGGAGGCCCCUCUGCUGAGCUGUGUGGCCCUCCUGGGUGAGGGCCCCUCGGGGGCAGGGGACUCCUCUCCCACCCCGGAGAAGAGCGACUUCCUGGGCGAGACGGCCAAGGAGCUCUGCAAGGCGGUCUCGGCCUCUAUGGGGCUGGGGGUGGAGGCCCUAGACGGGGCGUCUGUCGUGGCCGCUGGCUCCAGCGCUGAGUCCGGGGGCCCUCGUGGGGACUGCAUGUUCGCCUUGGCCCCCGCCAGGCCCCUCACCGCCUGCAAGAUUGUGGAGCAGCAGGAGGAAGCGGGAGGAGGAGGAGGAGGAGGCUCCGCCGGGGGCCCAACACUGGCCCUGGACCUGCCGGGCCCCCUCAGCCUCUACAAGGCGCCCCCCGAGAUGGAGGAGCUGCCCACCUUCGCCGGCCGAGACUACUUCAACCUCCACAUGGCUCUGGCCUCCUCCUCCGCUGCCGCCGCCUCUCAAGGGCGCAGCAUCAAGCUGGAGGGCCCCAUGGAGCCCCCCUUCGGGGCAGCAUGGGGCCGCAGAGGUGGGCCCGCUUCGGAGAUGGCACCCCACUACGCGGGGCCCCCACCCACCGCUGGCUGGCACCCCUUUUUCGCCCCCACUGAGGACCCCCAGCUCUAUGUGGAGGGCCCCCCCGCCUCGGUGGGGCCCCCCUUUGGAUACCCCCGCGGAAGCCAAGGGACCCCUGAAGGAGGAGGAGGAGGAGCGGGAGCAGGGGAGAUGCCCCCCGAAAUGUGGUACUCAGGUCCCGGAGCCAUGGUGGGCAGGAUGCCCUUUGGAGCCCCCACCGCUGGAGCCCCCGGAUGCAUCAAGACAGAGCUGGGCCCCUGGAUGGACGGCUACCCAGGACCCUAUGGGGAAAUGAGGUUGGAGUCUGCAAGGGACCACGUCCUGCCCAUCGACUACUACUUCCCUCCCCAGAAGACGUGCUUGAUCUGCGGGGACGAAGCUUCGGGGUGCCACUACGGAGCCCUCACUUGCGGGAGCUGCAAGGUCUUCUUCAAAAGGGCAGCUGAAGGUAAACAGAAGUACCUCUGCGCCAGCCGCAACGACUGCACCAUCGACAAGUUCCGGCGGAAAAACUGCCCUUCCUGCCGCCUGAGGAAAUGCUACGAAGCAGGGAUGACCCUGGGAGCCCGCAAGUUGAAGAAGCUGGGCAACCUGAAGAUGCAAGAAGAAUCCGAGGGAGCCGGGCCCUCCAGCCCCACAGAGGAGCAGGUGCCCAAGAUGUCCAUGACUCGCAUCGAAGGCCUGGAGUGCCAGCCCAUCUUCCUCAACGUCCUGGAGGCCAUCGAGCCAGGGGUGGUGUGCGCCGGCCACGACAACAACCAGCCGGACUCCUUCGCUGCCCUCCUGACCAGUCUGAAUGAACUCGGAGAACGACAGCUGGUCCAUGUAGUGAAAUGGGCAAAGGCUCUGCCAGGAUUCCGCAAUCUGCACGUGGACGACCAAAUGGCAAUCAUUCAGUAUUCCUGGAUGGGCCUGAUGAUUUUUGCCAUGGGAUGGAGAUCCUUCACCAAUGUCAACUCCCGGAUGCUCUACUUCGCACCGGAUUUGGUCUUCAAUGAGUACCGGAUGCACAAAUCCAGGAUGUACAGCCAGUGCGUCAGGAUGCGGCACUUGUCCCAAGAAUUUGGAUGGCUUCAGAUCACUCCCCAGGAAUUCCUCUGCAUGAAGGCUCUGCUCCUCUUCAGUAUUAUUCCAGUGGAUGGUCUGAAGAACCAGAAGUUCUUUGAUGAACUGCGCCUGAACUACAUCAAGGAACUUGAUCGUAUCAUUGCUUGCAAGAGGAAGAAUCCCACAUCCUGCUCUCGGCGCUUCUACCAGCUCACAAAGCUCCUCGACUCAGUGCAGCCUAUUGCAAGAGAGCUGCAUCAGUUCACCUUCGACCUCUUGGUCAAGUCCCACAUGGUUAGCGUGGACUACCCGGAAAUGAUGGCGGAGAUCAUCUCGGUCCAAGUGCCCAAGAUCCUCUCUGGGAAAGUGAAGCCCAUCUACUUCCACAGCCAGUGAGAGGGAGAGGCAACCCCGAGGCCCAUCGUCCCCUGCAGACCCCUCCAGCCGCUGCCUGCCUCUCAGUCUCUGCACUACCACAACUGCAGUGCCUUGGGAAGCUGUGUGUUCACGGAGACACACAGCCACCGCAAAACAAAGAACGAAACAGACUACCUGCUGGGGUUCCUUGUCCUUUUUCCUCGUUCCUUUUGACUUUUCUUUCCUGGGCAACCUCUCCUCGCAAAGCCUCCCAACCUAUUCUGCCUUGUGUUUUGUGCGUGUGGUGUUGUGGCAUGGGGCCCGCGGCCCUUGUUUACAUUCAUGCGCCUGUGAGUACCUUACAGUGUCUUUCGUGGCCCUGUGUGCAUGCGCUGCUGUGGUCGCAUUAGAUGUCCAAAAGACACACACUCACAGACAUGUGCACAUCACAUGCAACUCAGCUUUGAGUUGCCUUCUUUACAGCCAUGUCUUUCUCUCUCUUUUUUAAGAAAACCAACAAAAAAUAAUAAUGAAAAAAUCAACUCAAAGUGGAAAAAAGCAAGGGUUCAUACUGGGUAAUUUUCUGUCUUUUUGUUUUGUUUUUUUUUUAAAAAAAAACAGUUUUGUCUUUUGAGGGGUUUUCUUUUCUUUUUUUUCUCCUCCUUUUUCCUGACUGGGUUGCCCGUUUCUGUCCAGGAUUGCAGGAGAAAUACUCUAAUUGUGUCUUUGUAGAAACAAUGAUGGGUAAAACCCCUGGACCUGAAGGUUAAGCUUAAAAAGAAGCAGACCGAGAUAAUGUAAUAGUAAUAUGAUGCUUUUGCAAAGAAGAAGUAAAGGGUGUGUUGCCACAACUAUGGGCAUCACACAGACUCAUUUUCAUGAGGCGGUGCCUGGACAAAACGUGUACGGACCAUUUGCACCCUUGGCUAUGCACGGGCAGCCAUCUUUGUUCUGUCCAUGACCACCGACUCUCCAACUCGCCCUUCUCCGAACACACUGUUUCUCCAACGUGACCCGCGAUGCUGUGUCUCUCGCCUGCCACCAUGGCUUCACUGCGAAGCCCCCAUUUCUCUGCUAUUUUUGGAGAAGACUUAUGAUGACUUACGGGGGGGGGGGGCAGCAUUGACUCAACACAAAGUGCCCAAUUUUAAACUGGACCGAAUGCCCAUAAAAAAAGAAGACCCAACACCUUAAACAAAUCGAGAAGAACUUGUGGGGGAAUUUACCGUUCCCAAUGCCCGGAAGGCUACAGAGGACAGUUUGGAUGAUUUUUUUUGUCUUCUGUGGACCACGAGCCUAGACAUUGUUUUUUUCCUAAAGGAAACAUUCAAGCCUUGCCCAGUGAAUGUGRACACAUUCCAGUUUUGAAUGCUCCUCUUUUUUUGCAUCGUAGAAGAUCCUCCAACACAGCCCUUUGGRUCCUGGUGCUGUCCGUCCAGAUGUGGACCUCUGGAAACCUCCUUUUUGCGCCACCUCGUACACAACGUAGGCCUCUAAAGACCUCCUCCUCCUCCUCCUCCUCCUCCUCGGGGGCGUUUUUCAAGCAUGGCAGUGAUGGUCCCCAAAGCCAAGCCAAACAAGAACUCUGUACUUUUUGGAGGGUUUCCUCAUCUGAAAACUGCACAGAACUUUUGAGUCCCUUUUGCAGGGAAAGAGAGUAGAUAUGAGGGCCCUUUUUUCUCCUCUCAAGCAGUCAUAGAAUCUGAUCUUUUGUGCCAAAUGCUCGCAGACGGUGAAGCAACCCUAUCUUGUAAAAAGACAUCCUUCAUUCCCAUCAAGCUGAGCUCAGAUGUGUGCAUUUAUUGACUGCAGAUGUUGACAGAAAUUGGAUUUUUAGCUCUUCUUUGUUUUGAAUAGCUGGAGCCAUUUUCAAUCGUUCUUUUGACAAGGAGAAAAGACACCUGUUGUUUGACCUGUCCCCUUCAGCAACUAAACGAGUUCAUGGGUGUUUCACCUGUUCUCUUUAUGCUGAUGAUAAUGACAUUGUAUUUCUCCAUCCCGUUGGUUCAUUCUGCCUUUUCUCAGCAUAACAAGGCGCACAACACGCACAUUAGACUUUUGAGAGUGGUUGCAUAUGGGUUGAAUAGUGCUUUCAUGGAUCAGGAGAAGCAACAAGACUUUUUAAAUGCUGAAAUGUUUAAUGCAAUGUCUAGAUGAUCGCAGUCCUCUAGUGCUACCACGCAUAAAGACGUGUUGUAAUUUCGUUAUUUUAUUAUAAGGCCUCUUUUGUGGCUUUAUUGCAUUGGUAAAGCAUGACGAGUGGGCUGCACUGCCCCACCCCCAAUUUUUCUAAAAAUUGACAUAAUUUGUGGGCAAUGUUUUCUCCAAACCAUACGUAAAGCCCACAAAACACAUGAAAACAUGCAACCAGUAGUUCUCCACAAGAAUCCUGUACUACUCUCAAAUUCCCCUUCUUAAAAUAGUAUCAGGAGGUAAUACAACAUCACUUUUGCCCACCAUUUUGAGAAGGACUCAAUUAACAAUGGUAGACGUACUUGGGUUUGCUGUGUUGCCAAUUGGGGAUGUCUAAGGGUAAUUCCCCACUCUUUUCCUUUAAGGAAAAUUAUGCUUGGGUGGAAAAUAGAAGCUGAUCACACCGAUAUGGGGCUGAGCUGAUUUUGGAGCAGCCGUUGGCUCAACCAAUUUACCACGCUGCCUGCUUUACCUGUUUUUAUAUAUAAAUAGUAUAUAUCUUUAUAACCAUAUCUAUGCUAAUGUUGUGGAUAUUGCAAAGGUCUUUGGCUUCCCCUUUCUUGCUUGGGUGAAGCAACAGCAGAGGACUUAGAAAUGAGAACACAACCCUGUUUCCAGGGUUUGGACUAACAAAUGUGGAAAAAUCCCCAACUUGUCCAGGUGUCUUAAAAUUCUAGAUUGGAAAUGGAUGUAUUGUUUAUACGCUGUACUGUGCAUUUGUCCCGAAGAGCAGAAUGAAGUCCUAGCAUACACACAGAUGUUGAAUACGGUUCGGUGGUUAAAACAACUGUAAAUUGUUUGCAAAGGAUGUUUGUACCAAACUGGAACUGCAAUCUGUUUGCGUUGAGUCUUCUCUGUGGAAUUUCACACAAGGUUUGCUCACCACAGAAGGGAAUUUGGGUCUUGGAUACGUCUCAAUAUGUACAUGGCCACAUAUCCUUCUGUGCCUUAAAACUAAAGGUACUUUUCCCUCUUUGUGCAAAGCUUUUGGAGAGAGAAAGCCUCCUUUUGCACACUGCUGCCUCUGAAGGUGGUCCUGAACUUCUUUUAAAGACAAUGGAGAGCCCUCCGGCAUUUUCGCUGGCCCUGGAUCAGAAGCCGCCUGCAAACGCGGGUACGAAUCUUCGUGGGAUUCUUCAGACUUGCCCAUUCUCUUGAGCUUAGCAAUUGAAAUCGUUGAGUCGGGAAGGAGAACGUCUCCGCUUUUUGUGCAUUACAGUCCGUGAGGUUAUUUGGGGCAUAACUCUGUGUUUUAAAAUCCAGAAUGCCUUUUGUGAAUGUCAUGUAAAUAUUGGCUAUUAGGGGAAGGGGUGGUGGUGAUGUGGUAGGACUAUCGACUUCCCUUGUUUCGAUAUUGCUGCGGCAGCUUUAAGGAGCGCCCAAAGCAUUGACAGCGUCCUAGCCGUCCUAGACCCUUCUCUUUUUUUAUUACCCCUUUUAUGCAUUAUUGUUUUUGUUGGUGUUAUUGUUGAUAAUGAUAAUGAUGAUGAUGUUAUUAUGCAUUUUUUAAAAUUGUGUAUUUUGGGGGACGUUCUGUUUUGCCAUGUCAAAAAGUGCCCUUCUUUUAAGGCAGCCUGGUGAGCGCAAUGCUGUCCAAUUGCCCGAUUGGUGACUUACUUUUAAAGCUCUUCAAAGAGCCAAAAAAAAAAUAAAUACUUUUCUGGGGAGGAAAAGGACACUAAAGCAAAGUGAGGGGAUGCCUCUCUGCCUGGCCCUUUUUGGUGCAUCAAUAGGUAGCCUUGAGAUCAUUGCCAUCUUGCUUGUAGAUCAUCAUAGCCAAAUGGUUAGUCAGCAGAGUAGACCCAUUAACAUAACUGUUGAAUGGUGGGUCAACACGUUGGGAAACCCAAUCAAUUCAAUGGUCCUAUUUUAUUGAGACUCAAGGGGAUUGACGCCUUUAUGUUAGGGUGCCUCUUAAUUUAAGUAUUGAGUCAACUAUUGAAUGGUGAGUCCCAGUGCAUUCAUUGGGAAACCCAACCAACACAAUGAUUUUAUUGCCAGUGGGAUUCACAAGAGGAUUGGGGCCUCUGUUAUGGGCUACCUCUUAAAUUUGGUAUGUCCCAUAAUGCUCGUUGCACCACCUUCAUAUCUCUCCUUCACUGGGGGAUGAACCAGACACCUUUCAGCUCCGUCCUUUCUCUGAUCCAGGGCCAGAAUACCCUUUAACUUUUGUAAACAUGGACAAAAAAGCUAUCCCCUGAAGGCUAUUCCCAUUGUAUCCAUUUGUCCUUAGAAACAAAGGGAAGUUGGAGCAUUAGCUGGAAUGUUCUUGGAUAGUCCCAACUAGAGUCAAUCCAUUGAAUCAGUGAUUGCAUGACGAGUCAACAUGUUGGGAAAGUCAACCAAUUCCGUGAUUACACUGUCAAUGGGUCUCACAAUGGGGACAAUGCCUCUAUUUUGGGUUGCCUCUUAACUUAGGCACCUCCCAUAAUGUUAGAAGGACGUAUUGGACCCCUUUCACAUAUAUGUUGGUUGAGAGACAUACCAGGUAUCUUCUGCCUUGUUCUUCUCAGAUUCAGAUGGACUCAAGUCAAUCAAUUGAAUCAACAAUUGCAUGAUGCGUCAACACAUUGGGAAAGUCAACCAGUUCAGUGGCUAUAGUGUCAAUGGGUCUCACAAUGGGAAUUAUGCCUCUAUUUUGGGUUGCCUCUUAACUUCGGCACCUCCCAUGAUGUUAGAAGGAUGCAUUGGACCCCUUUCACAUAUAUGUUGGUUGAGAGACAUACCAGAUAUCUUCUGUCUCCGUUCUUCUCAGAUUCAGAUGGACUGAAGGCUAUCCCUUGAAGGCUACUCCCAUUGUCUCUUUUCCCCCUUAUGAAGCCAAGUAGAACAUUGGGCUGCGCCCGGUUGUCCAAUUUGUUGAUGGCCUCUCUCCAUUAUUACAGAGAUUUUGUUGUGGUCUUUUCAAGACAGCGAUUGGAGGGAAGGCUAUGCCCAUUGCAACCUUCUAGGCUGCUUUCGAGAUGCCUUACGUGUAUUGAUAUCCUUUUUUGUUCUCACUCUUCUUGUUGUUGUUGUUUUUGCUAUUGUUGUUUAUCAGGAAAGGCUUCCGUUCGGGACACUUGCUCCCUGGAAAGCCGCCUUUUAUACAAACGCACUUUGUGUAAAGCUUGAGCCAUUUUUGCCCUUCGCUUGCAGCAGGUUUUUUAUUUUACCCAAAGAAUGUGUGGCAUUUACCAAAGAACGUGUAUAUAUAAACGGGAAGAGAUUUUUAAGAAAAAAAAGAGUUUAUAUUUGCAAAACAUGAAAUGAAUCAGACCUGGGGGCCAGGGACCCUUCUUUGCCUUGGUCCCAGUCUUUCCGCAGGGGAGAAUUGAGCGCUCUUUUCCUCUUGUGUGUUUUAGAAGGCCUUUGCUUGCAUGCUGAGUUUGGAUGCCUGAUUUUUGACCGAUCCUGUGCUGCGGAGGAUCUCUACUGUGGAAAUAAUAGGUUUGUGGGGAGGGGACACAUGAUUUGCACUUGAGGGAGGAGGGGAGCAAAGGGAAGCUGUCUCAGACCUGCUCCCCAUUCAAUAGCACUAAAGGUUUCAGAGAACCAGGAUGGUACGGGAGGGAUUGACACUGUUUUGGGGAAAAGAUGGAAAAGAUGGUGGACAAAAGCCAUCAGUGCACCUUGAACAGCCAAGCUCUAUAAAGAUUGUAUAUGCUGCAGUCACCACCUUUCAAGUUGCAACCUUGGCAUGCAUCAGGCUCCUACAAGUCAAUGGCCCCCAAAUGAAAACACUGCUUCUGGCACAGAUUUGUCCUUCACUUCCCAAAAUUCUAGCACUGCAGUGAGUUAAAACUUCAGCAAGAAGUUGAAGGAAAUAUAAUGGUGGUGGGUUUCGAAACCAAUGAUUUAUGACCAAGAAGGAUAGGGUCAAUUUUGCCUGUUGGAGGAGACAUUUUGCAAGGCUGGGGACUGGAUGGUCUUAUGGUCCCUUCCAGCUCUUCUAUGGCCCCAUCUACACUGCCAUGUAAUGCAGUCUGAACUGCAUGAUAUGGUCAGCGUAGAUGCAUAUAAAGCAGAUUGAACUUCAUAAUAUGAGUCAGGACCACCAUAUCCAGGAUGGGCUUUUUCAGCAGCAGCCUAACUACUGCUUCUUUUAAACAGGAUGGAAA